CCGAGCGUCACCCUUUGACGUCUAUUACUCCCGACCACAUCACCCUCUUUAGUUCCCUCAAUAGAGCCGCUUCUAGACGCCAUGGCGAUCCCUAGGCGGUUAUCCGGUGCUCAUGCGAUUCUCCUAACUGCCCAUCUUUGUGCCACUGGGAAUAUAUCCUCCCUACCGCAAGUACAGACCCAAUUUCCAGGCUCGCUUCCUCUUGAGCGUGUACUGCGCAUCAUCUUGACAUUUCUCCCGGAAAGCACAAAUCCUCAGACUUACACACCGGUCCUUCAAGAACUUUUAGAUGGUCACUCAUCUCAUUCGGAUGGUGGCGACAUUGACAUCUCACCUGUCGACCAUUUGUCUGAGGCUGCCGCCAAGAAAAGUGUACGGAGGCUUCGUUUACUACCACUUAAGUACCAUGACGACGAAGACAGUCAAGACUCCACGGACCUUUUAACUCAAUUCCUCAUACAUCGAGCGUACCGUAUUGAUCUGGAAACUGCAUUACAACCGCUUAUACUUGAUCUUCUGUUACCAUUUUACCAGCGCUUAACUAUUGUGCGGACUUGGCUAAUCUCUAGCUUGCUACCUCUACUCCGGCUCAAUUACGAAUAUUAUCCCAGCCAAGAUGAGACGUUCUCUCUGGAAAUAUUAGAGUCUAUGGACAGUCACACUGCCCUUAAUAUACUUCUUUCGAUGACAGGCGCUGAGAAGAACAACAUGGACUUGGUGAAGAACUUGCGCGGACUAGUUGGCCCUUGGAUGUACGGCCGCAACCGGUCGAAGAGACGGAGACUCAACCAAGCUGCAGAGGCGAACACGAUUUCUCCCCCUCAGGAUAGCACUCAACAACAGAACAAUAAUAUCUCGGGAUGGCAGUAUGUGAACGAAUGGUUACUGGCCCGAAGCCAUGUGGAUUAUGAGAGCACAGUGAAUGCUUUCCUCAGCUGGAAUGGUCCCAAUGAUGCGGACCUGGGAGGUUAUGAGGAAAAAAGCCAGAGAUUAGACGGCGAUGUUUUGGACGAUUUGAACAUUCGAUAUGGUCAGUCGGGACUCGCUGUUGUUUACACGACUUCCGAUACAAGCAAGCCUUGCUUGGAAGGCUCAGUCAAGAUCCUUACCCGGGUUGCUCAGUUGCUAAAUCUUGAGGAGUAUCUCUUUUUCACAACCGAUAGCUCAGCCCUCCCUUCGGUGAUGUUUGAUGCAUCUCAGAUCUCUUCGUCAUCGAGGGUGUCCCUUUUGCAGAACGCUUUGUUAGUGGCUUCGAACCCACUAACAUGCCCGUCCGCUUCCUCUGUCUCAUUUCUCAGCGCCAUCCUCAUCUCCAUUAGUAUACUGACUGAACUUGGGCAUUCUAUCACAUGCAGAGCUGCUGCCAACAUCUGUCUUCAUAGCACUCAAGAUAUCCAGCUACUCGAAUUGCGAAAUGUGAUAUCAUCUAUUGUAAGACAAACAAAAUCUAGCCAUGUCUGGAAGGAUGUUCGCCAACAGAUACUUUGGCUACAGCACUGGGGCUCAGGCAAAGCAGACGGGAAAGAAAACAGUUCAAAUUGCCAUGGUCUCUUCUGGAGGGUCUCAAAUGAUGUGGUAGAGGCAGAGAUACUGAAAGCACUGCUAGAGAUCAGAGAAUAUAACUUGGCUAUUGAAAUCUAUGUAAACUCGAACUCUGCCCUCAGCUUGACCCAAGUCGAAGAAGCCGUCAAGGAGGCGAUUUUCACAACUUACGACAAUGCGAGCAAUGGAAACAGGACUAGAGGAGGUAUGAAGCGCGCAUAUGAUAUCUUGCAAGCCUUCCAACCAUACUUCCCCGAAUCCGUCUCUUUGAAGGAGAUCCGUGCCCUUAUCUCAGCAACUCAUGCUUUAUCCUUUUAUUCCCUUACCCUGCAGCACGGUGUUCCAUUUCAACCCGUCAGCAUCCGUGUGCACCCCGACCCCCUUUCUUUGAUUGAGAAGGUUCUUGAUCAAAACGCCAAAGCCUACACAAAGGUGGAUGAUCUUCUCGCUAUCGGAAGAAACUUGGUUGCGGCUGGGUUUUUGCCUCGCCUUACUGAUAAUGAUGACCUGAAUUUCGUGUCUACUUCUGAGGAGGAUUUCGUCAUCACAGCUGAGCGUCGUAUCAUGUCUCUCGCAAUUUCAUCGGCUCUUUCAUCCAACGAUUUCGGGACCGCAUAUUCCUACAUCCUCACACGUCUCGCCCCUCCAUCCCUCUUAUCUACAUCUUCGCCCCUUACAAACCCGACCGUAAGGGAUGACAUUUCCUGGCGUGCCGUUUACAACGCUGGCCGGUACCGCGACCCUGCUAUGCCCCCAUCCGCCAACCUCCAAUCCCAAAUAACCCAACUCUCCCAACGAAUGGAACUUCUUUCUCUCGCCCUAACCCUAGUGCCCUCUCCCGACCCACUGCCUGAGAUCCUCGGCGCCUGGCGUCGUUGCGACGAGGAGAUGAACGGCCUUCGCGCGCGCGAGGCCGAAGAAGAAGAACUAUGGGACACCAAGGGUGACAACCUUUCCACAGUCCCAGGCGGCUUCGGCCCAACAGAGAGCGAACAAGACGCCUACGAAACAAAGAAACAACACGCCAGACGUGCCCGGGCACAUCACGAUCGCCUAAACGCCGAAGAAGCCCCCAUGGGCCUCUUCGAAGUUGCCCGGGGCGCCGCAUUAGCCCUACAUAAGAACGCAUUCCCCCUCAGCGGCGCUACAGCUGCCGCCGAGCAACCAACAUCCUCAUCCCAUGUUCACAGACCCAGCGAGGACCCUACAUCCGCAGAGGAUAGGGUCCGGAAGCGAGAUGUUGUCAGUAACAUGGUGACGGGUGGACUGGUUAGUGGUAUCGGGUGGGUGCUAGGUGCUCAGCCUGUUAAUCGCUAGAUUUUACUUCCGUUUCUAUGAUGAGCAUGAUGAUGGUUUUUCUUCUGGCGGAUUUGUCAAUGAUGAAUUCAUGUGAUAUCCUGUACAAAGCGGCUUUGCGCGGUGUUCCUAGCAGUCCGUCAUCUAAGUAUUAAAUUU